GGCAGUAUCAAUAUGGCAGCGUUCAUGAAUGUUCGUCGUGCUGAGAACUAUGCAAGAAUCGUUGGUAUAAUUUCAUGCAGUAGACAGCAUGGCAUUCACACGCAGGCCUGCUGCCACAGAAUAGUCAGACAAGCAGUCGGCAUCAGAUUCACGAAAACAGCGCCCUGUUCAAGAUGGCAGGCCAUGCAGUUUGUGCCGUCCACGGGGGCCUCCCUCACCACAGCCAGACACAACAGCACAGACACUGGACAAAGUACACAAGUCACACAAAAUCUGACAGAUGCAGCCACUCCGCUAACCGACCCGUCCACAGCCGUUGAGGUGGCAAUGACAGCAGAGCAGAUCCUGCAACCAGUCAAGGAGAUCCCGUUCUCAGAGCUUGGCCUUGGUGGCUAUCUACCCGUAGGCCUGGUACAGUAUGCCCUGGAGUUCCUGCACAUGUCGGUGGGCUUGCCGUGGUGGGCUGCCAUUGCAACAGGUACCGUAAUCGCCAGAAUGUGCGUGUUUCCACUGAUCGUGAAGAAUCAGCGGUACGCAGUUACUAUGAACAACGUCAUGCCGACAUUCCAAAAGCUGACAGCAAAGAUGACUGAAGCAAGACAAAGCGGCAAUCAGGCAGAAAUGAUGAAAAGGAGUAUGGAAGUGCAGAAAUUCAUGAAGAAGCAUAACGUCAAUCCUCUGAAGAGCUUCAUGGGGAUCUUAAUCCAGGCUCCCAUCUUCAUCUCCUUCUUCAUCGGCCUGCGCAGAAUGGCCAACCUACCAGUUGAGAGCAUGACGACAGGCGGUCUGUGGUGGUUCACUGACCUUACGACCAGUGACCCCUACUAUGUCAUGCCGGUGCUGGCCAGUCUCAGUAUGCUGGCUGUGCUGGAGCUUGGUGGGGAGGCCGGUGUAACCAGUGCUCAGAUGCAAAAGAUGAAGACUGUUUUUCGGAUCAUGCCGUUUGUUCUUCUGCCAUUAAUUGCAUCCAUGCCAAAGGCUGUCUUCGUCUACUGGUUGACGUCCAACAUCUUCUCCAUGGGCCAAGUGGCUGUCCUGAAGAUCCCGGCUGUCAGAACCAAACUGAACAUUCCCGAGAAGAUAAAGCAUAACCCACAAGACCUGCCCAAGUCGGAAGGAUUCCUUCAGAGUAUGAAAUCAGGGUGGAAGAAUGCUCAGACAAACCAUGAAGUAGAACAGAGAAGCAAGACUCACUUGCAGAAGCUGAAAGAGGCCGGCACUGGACCUGUACCCCAGACUUUCAGCUAUGACCCGACUCGUCAACAAAUGGGCAACCCGGCACAGGCGAUCUCAACGAGUGCCAAGACAGCAAAAGAUGUGAGAAGAAAGAAAGUCCGCUGAUAAGACCAUCACACAGGCUGUUAUUUGGCUCCGGAGGAUACGCAGUUUGGUAGUUCAGUAAAGAGCAGCUAGCUUCAAUGCAGAAGAUUUGUCGAUCUAAAAGAAUAUUCUGCUUAAAUGAUUUCAUUGGUACCCGGUCAGUUACUUUCAGUGUGGCUGUUCUGUAUUUAUAUUUAAGUACUGGUACGUAUGCCUGUCGGCCACUACAUUUUUUGUUGCAGUGCUGCAGCAAAAGCUGUAUAUACAUGUAUAGUGACAGCAUCAUUCACUUACUUGUGGACUUUUGAAUAAAUUUCAGCGUACAAUUGAGCUUUGAUGACUUAUAUGGAAUGCAAAAAGGCAGUGGUUUUCCUACUAAGUCAUCCUCUGUAUUAAUGAGAAAGCCCAUUAUAAUAAUAAUCUUCAAAUACCUGGUAUAUAGUUGUGGCUCUGAUUUGUUCCUUUUUGUGGUUCUAACCUUACAGUAAAGUACAGACUUUAAGCAAAACUGUACUCUCUCAGCAGCAACGAUGAAACGGUACUGUUAUUACAGUACCAUAUAACCACAUGCAUGCAGUUUUGGCCCACUCAAUUGGCUCAACGACAUAGAUGUGAGUUUUAUAUAGUGACUGGCACAAAGGGCACUUAGAUUGCCACAGGAGCCAUAAACCAACAACAGUGCCAUUUUCUGUCGUGCCUGACGGGUCUCUUUGUCUCCUACAUAGAGACAACAGCUUUGUGUACAUUCUGUUGAACAUUGGUCGGGUGCACUUGGUGUAUGUCUCGUCACGAGACAUACACCAAGUCAUCUAGCGUUCUUGCACAGAGCACAUACUGCUUUAAUGUUAGUUUUGAGACAUGUGUCAAUUAUUAAUGUAGUUACAAAAAUUAAUCUGAGAGAUAUUGACUCAUUGGGAACCGACUUCGAAUACAGUCUUUUCUAUUGUUAGCGCUAUCUGUACGUUAGCUUGAACAUUGCCGAUAGACAAGUAUCCGAUUCUAAAAACAACCGUUUUCACUGCUCAUGCUGUCACUACUCACUUAUCGUUUGAAUACUCAAUUUGCAAAGAUGGUGCAAUUGGCAUGCUGCCAAGUGUCAAAAAGGUUGUUAGUCUUUAAGCGGAAAAUGUAAACUUUCAGUUAAUACUUUAUUACUAUAUACUCGAUCCACCAAGUUGUCUCUAUUUGAUUUCCAGAAGUUGUAGACAUCUGGUUCAUCUGUGAAAUACCAAAUGUCUUGAAAUACCUUUCCCCCCACAAGACUGCAUUUCGUGGCCAAUGGUGUUCUCUUUUUGAAACAUACAUGAUGUGAACUUGUUGAAAAAAAUCAUGUGUGAAUUUGUAAAAUUAAGUCUCUGUAAUGAUAUCAUUGGAACUUUAAAAAAAUUCUUUUUUUAAAAGUACCAAGUCUGCUUAUAACCAAUGUGGCUCAUCAGGCGCAUGAAACGGCUGAGAAUAUUUCUAUUCCCCCUGAAUGGGAUGCCAGUCCAUCGCUGGUUGCUUCCCAAGCCAAUGUUGGUACCCAUUUAUACUCCUGGGUGGAGAGAGGCAAGCAGGGGUGAAGUGACUUACGAGGGGCCACAACAUACUGCCAGCAGUUGCAUUCGAACCCCCGACCCUAUGAUUGGAAGCCACAGACCCUAACCACUUGCCCCCCUUUUAUUGAUAGC